CUUGUAAUCGAGAGAGAGGGAGGGACAGACCUGACAAACCAGAUCAGAGAAAUUGCCCAGCUUCGACUUCCCUGCAGCUCUCAUCUCAAGACAGACUGGAGACAUGAGCUCCCUGCUGCAGUACUGCACGGCCCUGUGUGCCAUCCUCGCGCUCGGACUCUGCUACUCUGAUUCCCAAGAGAGCCAGGAGUCUUUUGAAGAUUUAUUUGUCAGUCCGUCCCGGGCCAAUUCAUUCAUCCCACCCCGAGCAGGAGGUGGCUUUAACCCUCCACCCCAAGCCAACGGCAACGGCUACGGCAACACCAACUACAACUACAACCGACGGAGAGUGAAGUCCCCGCAAGAGAUUCGCUCGGAGAUCUGUGAGGACUACAACCCAUGCCGACUCCUGGCCAUGCGCUAUGGUUACCCGCAGGCCUACCAGACAUACUUUGGAAUUCGGCAACCUGCAGCAGCUCGGGCAGCUCCUGCUCCUGUCGUCAACAACUACCGCAGAUACUGAGCUGCUGCUGCUGUUGCCUAGGAAACACUAUACAUAUUCCACAUCAUACAUGGGAUGGGUACUGUUUUCUGUUUGCUAAAGGGGCUAAAUAAGUUGCUUUGACAAACUCCAUUGGUGAGGUACCUAGAUGACUAGAAACCAUCUUGUAGGCCUAAUGCACAUGCUGAUAUUAAAUGCCACUAGUGGUCACACAGAUGUGACUAUAUUACGUGGUUCAUGGUAUAAGGGAAACCUCAAAGAGGUGACAAAAAUAAAUACUGACACAUUGGACAAAUACCCUUAUCUCUCUCAAUACUGAAAUGAAUAUUCUUCUCUUCUGAUGUAUAUUAUUUUUACACUUUUCACAUCUUUAUAGCUCCAGAGCAUUUGUUUUUCUACAUCACAACUUUUUAUUCAAAACCACAGUGUGACUAUGGACUGUGCUUUCAUGUCAUAAAAUAAAUAAUGGUUGAAAAGAGA